GCUACAAUGAGCAGCUUCUUAGACUACUCGGUGAUGAGCGGUGAAGGUGGCUCCUGCUCUGUCAGAGCUUUCCAUUCGGACCACGGGAUUACAACUUUCCAGUCCUGUGCGGUCACUGUCAACAAUUGCGGGACUGAUGAUCGCUUCAUGGGGAGCAGGGCUUCCCCUGACGGCCUCCCUCAUCAGCCGGGGUCGUACCAGCCCAAUGCGAGCUCUCUAGGUCUCGCCUAUGGGGCCCAUCCGGCCUGCAGCUCCAGCUAUGGACCCCAAAGUUUCUGUGCCACCUAUAACCAUUACGCGCUCAAUCAGGAAGCAGACUCCUCAGCGGGAUUCCCCCAGUGCGGCCCACUCAUGUACUCGGGUAACAUUUCCUCCUCCAUGGUCUCUCAGCAUCGCCAAGGCUACAGUGCCAACCCUUUGGGUCAACUGCAGUAUGCCCACGCUGCCUACGGGCACGAACAAGCCCCCUUUCCUGGGUGCUCGAACCCACUGUCCCCACUGCACGCAGCUCACCUUGAAGCUUGCUGUUCACCUCUGUCUGAGGGCGUAUCUUCUGCACAGACCUUUGACUGGAUGAAGGUCAAGAGGAACCCUCCAAAAACAGGGAGGUCUGGGGAGUACGGUUAUGGGGGUCAGCCGAACACGGUCCGAACCAACUUCACCACCAAGCAGCUGACGGAGCUGGAGAAAGAGUUCCACUUCAACAAGUACCUGACCCGGGCUCGGCGCGUUGAGAUCGCAGCCGCGCUGCAGCUGAAUGAGACUCAGGUGAAAAUCUGGUUCCAGAACCGGAGGAUGAAGCAGAAAAAGAGGGAGAAAGAAGGGCUGCUGCCGGCCAAAGCUCCAUCCUCAGACCCGGGAGAGAGCAGUCAAGAGAAAACGGACGAUGGAGCAUCAGAGAAGUCUAUCUCAGCCCCCUCUACUCCGUCUCCCACAUCCUCCACGGUGUCUGAUCCUUACUCCUCCAACUAA